CUUCAUGCACUCCAACUCACCUCUCACUCAUCUCUUACCAUCACUCUCUCCUCACUUCUCACUCCUCACGUCAUGCCUCCCUCCCUCUGCAUUCUCGGCUGCGGCAACCUGGGCACCUCCAUCCUGACCAGCCUGCUGAACGCCGGUCCCGAUGCGCUGCCCUUCACCAAAUACAUCGCCUGCGUGCGCAGUGCCAGCUCCUCGCAGCGUCUGUCCCAGCGAUUCGCCCACCACGCCAACCUGUCCGUCGCCCAGGACGCCGUCGCCGCCGUCACCGACGCCGACGUGAUCAUCCUGGCCAUCGACCCGGCCGACAUCCAAUCCGCCCUGUCACAACCAGCUCUGGCGCAGGCUCUGGCACAGAAACUCCUCAUCAGCGUCGCCGCCGGGUGGACGGUCUCGCAACUGCGUUCGACGCUGACCAGCACCGUCCCCUCGCUGGCUAACAGCACCCUCGGCAUCGUGCGCACGCUGCCCAACAUUGCCGCGCAGGUCUCGGAGUCCCUCACCGCCGUCGAGGCCCCCGCGUCGCCGGCGCCCGAGGAGGAAGAGCGGCUGCAGCUCGUCGACCGCAUCUUCAACCUCGUCGGGCGGACGAUCCGCGUCGAGGCGUCGCAGAUGGACGCGCUGACGGCGGUGGGCGGGUCCACGCCGGCCUUCUUCGCCAUCAUCUGCGACGCCCUGAUCGAUGCGGCGGUGGCGACGGGGGUGCCGCGCGACGUGGCCAACGUCGCCAUCGUCCAGGCCAUGAAGGGCAGUGCGGUGAUGAUGCAGCAGGGCGGGCUGAGUCCGGCGGAUCUGCGCGACCAGGGCACCUCGCCGGCGGGGUGCACGAUGGCCGGCGUCAUGGCGCUGGAGGAGGGCAGCGUCCGGGGGGUGUUGGGCAGGGGAUUGCGCGAGGCGCCCACAUACCCCCGCGGGUCGCCCGAGCGCGCCAAGGUCGAAUCCGCCCUGAAGGCCCUGCGCGCGCGUCUGCCGGUGACCAGCGACGUAGUCUACCACAACCAGGUGCAGGCGACGACGCAAUCCACCUCGCAGCCCUUGCCGGCAGAGCACGCGGUGCAGUUCACAAACUACCCCCUGGCGUCGCGCGAGCAGGUCUCGUCGGCCAUCGAGGCGGCGCUGCAGGCCAAGCAGAGCUGGCAGGACACGCCGUUCGUCGACCGUGCGGCCAUCUUCAUGCGCGCCGCCGAGCUGGCCACCACCAAGUACCGCUACGAGCUGAUCGCCGCCACGAUGCUGGGCCAGGGCAAGAACGUCUGGCAGGGCGAGAUCGACGCUGCGGCGGAGCUGGCGGAUUUCUUUCGUCUGAACUGCCACUAUGCGGCGGAGAUUCUGGAGAAGCAGCCGGACCGGGGGACGGAUGGGAUGUGGAGUCGCGUCGACUACCGCCCCCUCGAGGGCUUCGUCUACGCCGUCUCGCCCUUCAACUUCACGGCCCUGGGCGGCAGUCUGGUCUCCGGACCCGCGCUGAUGGGCAACGUCGUGCUGUGGAAGCCCUCGCCUGCCGGCAUCUACGCCAGCACCAUCGUGCAUCGCAUCCUGCGCGAGGCCGGCCUGCCCGCCGACGUCAUCCAGCUGGUGCCCGGUGACGCUGAAGAAGUGACCUCCGUGGCGCUGGCGCACCGCGAGUUCGCCGGCCUCAACUUCAUCGGCUCGUCGGCCGUCUUCCGCCAGCUGUACGGCCGCGUGGCGCAGGGCAUCGCAGCCAACACGUACCGCGAGUUCCCGCGCGUCGUCGGCGAGACCAGCGGCAAGAACUUCCACCUGGUGCAUCCCUCCGCCGACGUCUCCAACGCCGUCAACCACACCCUGCGCGGCGCCUUCGAGUACCAGGGCCAGAAGUGCAGCGCCACCUCGCGUCUGUACCUGCCCGCCUCCAAGGCCGACGAGUUCCUGGCCCAGCUGAAGACCGGCGUCGAGAGCAUCACCAUCGGCAGCCCGGACAAGGACAUGGGCGCCUUCAUGGGCCCCGUCAUCCACCGCGGCUCGUUCGAGCGCAUCCGCCAGGUCAUCGACGAGAGCAACGCCGAUCCCACCCUCACGACGGUGGCCGGCGGCACCUACGACGACUCCGUGGGCUUCUACGUCAAGCCGACGGUGUACCGCGCCUCGUCGCCGGACCACGCGCUCUUCGAGAAGGAGAUCUUCGGCCCCGUGCUGGCCGUCUACGUCUACCCGGACCAGGAGUGGAGCUCGCUGCUGAAGACGGUCGACCAGUCCGGCGGCGGAUUCGCCUUGACGGGCGCUAUCUUUGCGCAGGACCGGAAGGCGCUGCGUGAGGCCGAGGAUACGCUGCGGUAUUCCGCGGGAAACCUGUACCUGAACUGCAAGACCACCGCCGCCCUGAUCGGCCAGCAAUCGUUCGGCGGCGCGCGCAACAGCGGCACCAACGACCGGGCAGGCAGCUCGGAUCUGCUGCGUCGGUUCACCAGCCCGAGGCUGAUCAAGGAGGAGUUCUUCGAGCUGGACGGCUUCGAGUACCCCAGCAACCAGUAGAUGAUCCAUUUUUAC